AUGCCGCCUCGCACCUCGAACGACCGCACCCACCUCUUUGCUCUCUCCGUCACGCCCGCCUUGCCCCAAAUCAGCGGACCCUCCCUCUCGUAUCGCCGCGUGCGGCCCACGUCACGCUGGGAAGCUGUCGACGGCAUCCGCGCUCAGGUGUAUGAAGUCACACUGGCCAACCUUGUGCCUGACACUGCGUUCGAGACAGGCUCGGUCUUGUUCCCGCUUAAGAUUGAGAUGUUCGGCGCAACGGUGCGCACGGUCAAGCCGGGAGUGAUAAAUCGUCUUACCGCCGGCGAUCAAGUUGUGGUGGAUGUUCUGGUCGAGAACCCCAGCUCCGUUGUUGAGGGUGGCGAGCUCACGGUGGUCAUGACGGAUAACAGAGGGAACCCUAUUUCCACUUCUCCAGGCUGGCCAGCGGCGCCUCUGCGCGAGAACUUUGGGCUGAGUACUAGUGCUUUGGAAAGCCACGAGACUCCGACUUGGUGGAAUGAAGCUAAAUUUGGGAUAUUCAUACACUGGGGUCCCUACAGUGUCCCUGGAUGGGGACCCGGCUACACAUACGCUGAGUGGUAUGACUGGCAUUUGCACAGCAAUCCAGGCCCGAAUAAUGCGUUCUAUGAACACCAAAUGAAGACAUAUGGCAAGGAAGUCGUCUAUGACGACUUCUUUGCGAAUCUCACAGGAUCCAAGUUCAAUGCGAGCGAGUGGGUCAACCUGUUCGAUGACGCAGGCGCCAAAUACUUUGUCUUCACAACGAAACACCACGAUGGGUUCGGUAUGUUCGACACAGGCGCGACGACACACCGCAACAGCCUUCAUCUCGGUCCGAAGCGCGACUUCCUCAGAGAACUCUUCGAUACAGCAAAGGCGGAGAAGCCGCAGUUGCAUCGAGGCACUUAUUUUUCCAUGCCUGAAUGGUUCAGCCCUGACUACGCCCCCUAUGGUUUCGAUACAUGGCCUGGAGGGCUGGCACGUAACGUGUUCAAUCAGUCAGAGGUUGAGCCUUACACUGGCAGAUUGCCUAUCAAGGAUUAUCUUGCCGACCUUCAGCUACCUCAAAUGGUUACGCUCGCAGAAGAGUACGACACCGAAAUCAUGUGGUGCGAUAUCAGCAGCGCCAAUCUAACGCGCCAAUUCGCGCAGCACUACUUUACUCAUGCCUGGGCACAGGGCAGACAGGUGGUCAUCAACGACAGAUGCGGCGACCUGCCCGACCACGACACGCCGGAGUACGCCAAACUGAACGCUAUUCAGACGCGCAAAUGGGAGACGAGCGAGGGCAUGGAUCCCAGCAGUUACGGGUACAACCGGGCCACACCUGCCAGCGCUUACAAGAACGGCACCGCUAUCGUCCAGACGCUCGUUGAUAUCGUAUCCAAGAACGGAAACUACCUCCUGGAUGUUGGCCCGACUGCUGAAGGAGUGAUCCCUGACGUCAUGCAGCAGAACCUUCUUGAUGCCGGCCGGUGGUUGAAGUAUGCUGGCGACUGCGUGUACGCGACCGAGUACUGGUUCAGGGGCUCAGAAGACCCCACGGGGUCGAUUAGGUUCCUGACGACACCUACAACGUUCUGCAUCGUGUCCUUCGAGCGCCCAUCAAACGGCCGGUUGGUGGUGCAGAAGCGGGUCCCCAUUACCCGAGGCGAUCGCAUUCAUCUCCUGAGCCCUCACGGAGCAAGGGUCUGUGUUGAUUCGGACCUUGCAUGCGGGCUACCUUGGUCUGUCGACCGGACUACGGGAUAUCUGACUGUCGACGUUUCAGACGUUGAUCUCGAUCUCGUUGAGUAUGCGUGGGCUUUUCAAAUCCAGUACAAUACGUAUGAGUAA